GAAACAAUCAAUCUAAUAACUUUAACUAUUGAGGACAAAAUGAAAAAAUAAAAAAUCAUUGGUUCAUUAUAUAAUUAUUGCUAAAAUUGUGAAAACUGCAGUGUAAAUGUUUGAAUUUUGUAUUUUAUGCAAGUCCUUAUCUGCUUCUUGACUUGUUUAUGGGUGUUUGUAAGGGGGAAAGCAGCGAACACAAUGGUGAUAUCAAUCGGAUUCGAAGGAAGCGCCAACAAAUUAGGAAUCGGCGUUGUGAAAGACGGCUGUGUAUUGUCAAACUGUAGGCGCACUUAUAUUACACCGCCUGGGCAAGGUUUUCUCCCAAAAGAGACGGCUCUUCAUCAUAGGCAGAACAUUUUAUACCUUUUAAAAGAGGCCCUAGACAAGGCAGGAUUACGAGGUAGAGAUGUAGACAUAGUUUGUUACACUAAAGGCCCCGGCAUGGGCGCACCAUUGGUUUCCGUAGCCGUGGUCGCAAGGACCGUAGCAUUAGUGUGGAAUAAACCAAUCAUUGCUGUAAAUCACUGCAUUGGACAUAUUGAAAUGGGAAGAGUGAUAACAAAGAGCGACAAUCCAAUCGUACUGUAUGUCAGCGGUGGCAACACACAGGUCAUUGCAUACGGAAGGAAAAAAUAUCGCAUCUUCGGUGAGACAAUUGAUAUCGCAGUUGGAAAUUGUUUAGAUAGAUUCGCUAGAGUUGUAAAUCUAUCGAACGAUCCCAGCCCAGGAUAUAACAUCGAGCAAUGUGCUAAAAAGGGGAAAAAAUUCUUACAGCUACCCUAUGUUGUAAAAGGAAUGGAUGUGUCUUUUUCAGGUAUCUUAUCUUACAUUGAAGAAAAAGCUCCUAGUCUGCUCAAAAGCAAAGAAUUCACAAUCGAAGACUUAUGCUUUUCGCUCCAAGAAACUGUUUUUGCCAUGCUUGUCGAAACUACGGAAAGGGCUAUGGCACAUUGUAAAUCCGAGGAAGUACUUUUGGUCGGGGGUGUCGCUUGCAAUGUGAGGCUACAGGAAAUGAUGGGCGCCAUGUGCGAACAGAGAGGUGCCAAAGUGUAUGCAACGGAUGAAAGAUACUGUAUUGACAACGGCGCUAUGAUUGCACACGCCGGUGCCCUCAUUUAUACGAGCCAGGGGAACAAGGGGACCCCAUGGGAUGAAACGUUUUGCACGCAAAGGUACAGGACUGACGAUGUAGACGUAACAUGGAGGUAGCAUGAUCUUCAUAAUCACUUUAUACAGAAAUUUUAAAUUUUUUUAAAAGGAAAAUUUCUUUGAAGUAUGUAACAUGUAUAAGUAAUUUAUA